UCUCUCUAUAAUCCUCGGCUCCUGUCUCUCUCAACGGCUUAAUUUUGAAAAAUUUUCUGUCUUGGACGAGUUGGAGGCCUACCCUUUUGGUUCGUACAUUUCCGAUGCGGUAGUUGAGUUUCAAACCCUACAAAAAAAAUUACUCUCAAUCAGUGUUUUCGUCGCGAUUCGAGAUUGCAUAAAACUGGCCAACCUGAUCUUAGCUCAGUCGACAAGGCACUUAUUACAUUCUCCAAAGUUGAAAGCUCGAUUCCGAGCAUAAAACUGUCCUUCAAAGAUGGCAUCUGGAAGUCCUUAUUUUGAUGACAUGCGGAACAAGCCAGAGGUUAUUGAUCCUCCCCAAAGUGAAGAUUUGAUGGACAUCAGGGAAGCUGUGGAUGAUCCAGCUCAAAAUGAACUUAAACCUAAUGUCGCUGUUUCCAGUAGCGUUCGCGAGCUGUUGGAAUGCCCGGUGUGUUUGAAUGCAAUGUACCCUCCAAUACAUCAGUGUUCAAAUGGUCACACACUAUGUUCUGGUUGCAAGCCAAGAGUGCACAACCGGUGCCCUACGUGUCGGCACGAACUCGGUAAUAUCAGAUGUCUCGCGUUGGAGAAGGUGGCCGCAUCUCUAGAACUUCCAUGUAAAUAUCAGAGCUAUGGUUGCAUUGGCAUAUACCCAUAUUACAGCAAGGUCAAACAUGAAUCCCAAUGUGUUUAUAGACCUUAUAGUUGCCCAUAUGCUGGAUCCGAAUGCUCAAUCGUUGGUGAUAUACCCUAUUUGGUGUCCCACCUGAAAGAUGAUCAUAAAGUAGAUAUGCAUAGUGGGAGCACAUUCAACCAUCGCUAUGUGAAAUCAAACCCUCAAGAAGUUGAAAAUGCGACAUGGAUGCUAACGGUCUUCAGUUGCUUUGGUCAAUACUUUUGCCUGCAUUUCGAAGCUUUCCAGCUCGGGAUGGCUCCGGUAUACAUAGCUUUUCUGCGGUUCAUGGGCGACGAUAAUGAUGCAAAGAACUACAGCUACAGUCUUGAGGUGAGUGGAAAUGGGAGGAAGAUGGUAUGGCAAGGGGUUCCCAGGAGCAUCAGGGACAGCCAUCGGAAAGUUCGGGACAGUUUCGACGGUCUCAUUAUCCAACGCAACAUGGCUCUCUUUUUCUCUGGUGGAGACCGGAAGGAAUUAAAGCUUAGAGUGACUGGUAGAAUUUGGAAAGAACAGUGAUACUGGUGGGAGCAAUGAGGCUUAUGAACAUUCAGUUCAAUCCUAUCUUCUUGGCCAAGUAGGUUGGUUGUCUUUUUGUAGUUAGAGCAACGAGGCUUUCUAAUUAUGAGUUUCAUUUUGAAUUAAGAUGCAAACACUCUUUGCUCUUUCAUGAAACCAUGUAUUAGAAUAACUUACUUCCCCAUUGAUUUUCAAUGCAAAACUUUAUCCCUCCCAUUUCCUUGUAUGGUA